AUGCCAUCCCAACCCACCAAAUCCGGUAUCGUGACCGACGAGGCCAGCGGCGAGCGCCACAUCCCCGAGUCUGUCCGUGCCGAUGGUAGCACAAGAAAAGCAAUCAAGAUCCGCCCCGGCUACCGCCCUCCCGAGGAUAUCGAAGUCUACAAGAACCCCGCCGCCGAGAGCUUUCGCACGCGCGGCAAGGGCCCCCCUCCCGGCUCGGAAGGCCUGAAGGACGAACCAAAGCCUGCUGCGUCCGCCUCUGCGAAUAAGAACGCUAAGCGACGUGAGGCGGCCCGCAACAAGGCUCAAGCUGCGGAGGCUGCCGGUGCUUCGGCGAAGGCCCCCGAGAAGGCCCCCGAGAAGGCCCCCGAGCCUGUAGUGGAAGAGCUCGACUCCGAGGUGGAGAAGGCGAAGAAGGUUCGCAACCUCAAGAAGAAGCUCAGGCAGGUGAAGAGUCUUCAAGAGAAGCAGGAGGAAGGUGCUGCUCUCUUGCCUGAGCAAUUGGCGAAGGUCCUCAAAAUUAACGAGCUUAUUCGCGAGCUUGAUGCUUUGGGUUUUGACUCUGAAGGAGAGCCCAAGAACAAGGAGGCCGAUCCCACCAAGGACAAGACCGCCGACGACUGA